UUUUGUGUGGGCUUUCGUCGCUACGUGGAGACAGCAGCGGCGUUAACGAGCCAUGAGGAAACAUCGCGACUGGGCUUACUGUUGGCGCACGCGACCCCAAGGUGACGAUUACGCCCCUCUCACACUCCACGGUGAGGUUUCAGCUCAUCCUGACCUUUCACCGUAGGGUUCGCCUGGGCCACAGGCACUAAGUUCCCGCAGAAAGGGCUUUCUCAGCUUGCUAAAGGGAGAAAUCAUGGCGCCUGUGCUUGGCUACUGGGACACGCGCGGAUUGGCGCAGCCCAUCCGAAACCUUCUCGUCUACAAGGGAGUCGAUUUCGUGGACAGGCGCUACAAGCUCGGUCCGGCGCCCGGAUGCGGCCACGAGGAAUGGCUCGAGGAGAAGUUCACGCUGGGACUCCGGUUCCCCAACCUGCCCUACUACAUCGACGAGGAUGUCAAGCUGACCCAAACCUUGGCCAUACUGCGCUACCUCGGCAGAAAGCACGGCCUGGCGGCAAAGAACGACAAGGAGUUGGUCGAACUUGACGUCCUCGAGCAGCAGGCCAGGGACCUGGUUCUCAUAUUGGCCUAUGAGGCGGUGCCCCAGCCUCGCUACCGUGAGGGCCUCAAGUCGUACGCCGAGAACGUCAAGGACAUGCUCGAGCCGUGGUCCAGGCACCUGGCGUCCCGCAAAUUGGCCCUGGGAGACAGGCUGACGUACGUCGACUUCGUGCUCUACGAAGGGCUCGACUGGCACCGCGAGUUCAAACCCGAAGCAGUGCCCAAGUACCCGCCGCUCGUCGACUACCUGAGGAGAUUCGAAGAGCUGCCCAACGUGAAGGAGCACUUCGCGUCGGGAAAGUACAAGAAGUGGCCCGUCACGUGUCCCCGGAGGUCUUGGGGAUACAGAAAGUGAAGCAGCCUCGCUGUACGGCUGCGCGUGUUAUAUCCCCUGCAGUAGUGGUGUUGACCUUUGUGUGCGCUACUUGUUUUAUCCAGUUAUCUCCAGCGGUGGCAAGCAAAAAAAAAGAAAAACCCCAUGGGCACUGAGCUUCGAAUAAAUCAAACCCUGCGCCCUGGGCUUCAUUUCACUUCAAGGUGUUUACUAUUGCUACGCAUGCAAGCUUUGGUGAGCACUCUACCACGUUUCACGGGAUGUUCGACGUGCCUGUACGUUCCGUAAGCAAUGCCUAGAGAACGAUUUUUCUUUUCUCGUAGCGACUGCAGUGAAUAAACUUGUGCAUGCUCUUCCAGCCGGGGAUUCGGUUAUCUUUGAGAAAAGACAAUAUGUUUGGCUGCAUACACUAAACCAAUAUUCAGUUAUUCUAUAGCUGUGGCUACUCAUUAUAGAAAACAGAAAUUGUAAAUUUACAAUCUCGAAUUCCUUUUAACGGAGUAUGCAGCACUUCGGAAUGGUAUCGCGCAACUUUGGCGCAUUUCUUUGAUGAUUUCACGAAUGCCGUGAAGUCAUCGAGGCAGAGAUUAUUGAUAGUUUAGGGGAUAACUGUGCGCCUAAGCCGUCGACUGCUUAUAUUUAAAGGAAUUACAACACUUGCAUCGUCACUGAUUGCUUUGCUGGCUGAGCUUGCGUGAUGUAGGGCCACGACAUGCCCUUAUAUUGCGCUUUGCGCGUCUCAAUAAACUGUUGCAAGUCACA